CUGUUCAACCUCCGCACGGGGCACGCCUACCUAAACCACCACGCCUCUCGCCUCAACCCCACCAUAUCUCCGGCGUGCUCAUCGUGCGGAGCGGACAGGGAGACAGUGCACCACUUCCUGGUCGCCUGCCCGACAUACAGACCACAGCGGGAGCGCCUGCGCCGCGAGGUCAAAGCCUACCGCGAGCUUUCCAUCACGGAACUGCUCGGCGACCCGGAACAGACUCGUCCACUGCUCCGCUACAUACACGCCACAGCCCGCUUCGCCCAGACAUUCGGAAACCUCGAGCCCCCCCCUAGCCCGGAAACCCCUGCCUGCCGCGGUACGUAA